AGCAGUGUCGUGUCAUUCUACAUCCUCACACAGGGAAGUAUAUCACCGAGUUUCAUAUAACACCUAUAUACAGAGCGGUUUGGAAACAUACCUGUUCAUCACAAGCAAGUGCACCCUGGUUGUCGUGAACAUUGAUUGAAAUCGUAUUGAGAAUAAUCUGAAAUUUGAGGAUGACACACGGUGCCGGAGGUUUCUCUAGUGGCGGGGGAGGCGGGUUCAGUGGCGGUGGUUUUAGCACUGGGGGAAUCCACAUACACCACUACCACCAUACCACACAUAGCACCUCAGUAAGCGGCGACGCAGAGUGCGAGAAAUGCUGCUGCAAACUCGUCGUCCUUGGCAUCAACAUUGCCAGCAUUCUCCUCUGCAUCAGGAAAAUGUCCCGCUACCUCCGCAUCGCACUCCUCUGGAUCUAUGUUGCCACUGCCGUCCUCACCGCCGGACUUCUCAUCAGUAUCAACGUCCUCGGCACCAACAAGUUCCAGGCUGCGCCAACAGACAUGCGGAAAGUACAGGACCACGUGAACAACGUCUUCUGUCAGAGCCUCACUCUCAACUCCAGCGAUCCUUUCGAAGCCUACACCUUUGACCAGGAACCCGUGGUAGAUCUUAACAGGACUGAGGAGUUUAAUACAAGCUACAAGAUGACCAUAGUUAGAAAUAAUUACGAAUACUGGGGAUUCUAUCUUCUCCCCGGGUCAACACUACAGUUCAACAGCAGCAACAUAUUUUCAAUAUUCACGAAAAUCUUUGUGAUCCAAGGAGAAAGCAACCUUCAAACAUGGCUGGACGGUAAAGGAGACUGUAGUGGAUGUUACAUCUACAAACACGACUUGCAGUCUCUUGACACCUAUGCAAUGAACUCCUCAGAAGCAGACAACUAUUUCUUUGUGUUCUUCAACGAUGGACUCUUUGAUGCAUCAUCGACGGCAAACUUCUUCAUCAAACGGACUUUGUAUGAUGUGUCGAAAGCGACAUCAAACUGUACGUUUGUCCCAGGUAAACCAUCUUGCCGCUUUGAUGUCUCCCUUAAUCCUGAACAGAGCGUGGUGUUUCACAGCAGCCGGAGAGCACGUCAUCAGAGCAUUGACAUGUGGAGCAGUUGUAAGGCAAGAGCAUGGAUGUAUGUGAUCGUGUUCGCCCUCCUCCCCAUGCUGGUGGCUUCAGCUCUCUCCUUCCUCUUCUGGAAGUUCUGUAAGGAGGACAGAACAGACGAGAACCAAGAUUUGGUGCCUUAUCAAGUAUUGGAUGAAGUGGUGUCUGAUCAAGAACUGAAUAAACUAAAGAGUUAACGAAAAACCUCUGGUUCGCUAAAACUCUUUAUGAAACGGUUUCAUCAGGGAAAGCAUUAAUUUCAAAUGAUGAACAAAACUGUGUUUACCAUGACUGUUACAGUUUCUGAGCAUUUCAUAAUUUCACUGAGUUUUUGCUGUUGCUAUUUGAUACCCGUGAAGGCCCGGAUUAGAAUAUUGAUCUUCAGUAACCCAUGCUUGUCGUAAGAGGCUACUAACGGGAUCGUGUGGUCAGGCUCGCUGACU